AUGGCCUUAUCAAGAUCAAGAGUUCAUCCUGAUCAGCUUGCUCUGGUUCUGAGUUUACUCUUGUUAAUUACUACUCCAUCCCUGGUUUCGGGGCACGUUAAACCCCCAGGCACCAUCUGUUACAAUGGAGGGCUACUCCUGACCGGCAAACUCGACCUUUCAAUCUUCUUCUAUGGUGCAAUUGGGCGUACACAAAAGCUCGUCGUCAGGAAUUUCAUCAAGUCCCUGAAUCAUGGUGGUGGCACCCUGAAGCCUCGGGUAACAUCCUGGUGGGACAUUGUCGAGAGCUACCAAUCCGUAUCUUCCCCCGAUCAUAAUGAGCCCAAAAUCGCAGUUAAAGUGGUGAGUCAAAUAACCGAGAAAGGUUACUCCCUGGGGAAGGUGAUCACCAUUGACUUCAUAAGGUCGAUGAUCAAAAAAGCCACCGCCGGGAAGCCUCCUGCCUCUCUUGUCGUCAUAUUCACCGAUAAGGAAAGUGCGGUCGCAUCCCUUUGCAGGGGAAAAUGCUAUGAUCACGGAGUCAUAGAUAACCAGCCCUAUCUCAUCGUCGGAAACCCCGAAGUCGAGUGCCCCGAUGCUUGUGGCUGGCCCUUCAUGAAGUCCAGCUACAAUCCAGGCAUCACCCUCACACCGCCAAACGGCAACCCCGCCGUCGAUGCUAUUCUAGUCAACUUUGCUGCCGGUUUGGCUGCUGCCGUCACCAAUCCAUUCAACACCGGAUAUUCCAAACCAGGACCCAAAACCUGGCCGCUGGAGGCCAGCACUGUUUGUAACGGUAUAUUCGCAAGCGGGUCGUUCCCGGGGAAUCCCGGCAAGGUGGAGGUGGACGCGAGAACAGGUGCUGCUUUCAAUGCUCAUGGAUUGAAGGGUAUGAAGUUUUUGCUUCCUGCGCUGUGGAAUCCACAAACAUCAUCAUGCUGGACCCCGAUGUAGAGAGCAGAAUAAGCUUUUGGGAUUAGCCCAAAUAAGCAAGUUAUAAUCUUUUUUUUGAUGCGACAAGCAAGUUAUAAUCAAUAUAUUAAAUUUCAAGAAGCAA